AUGAGUAUAAGCAAAGAGUCAUCCAAUACCAUGAUCGACAUAGAGAGAAAGGCCGGGGAAGGGAAAGACGGUGAUAGUGGAUCCAAAUUGACCAAGAAUGAAAAGUUCCUUUUUCCAUUAACGUUUAUUCUAAUUGGUCUCAGUUCGUUAAAUGUAUGGAACACAGCUUUGGGCUUAAAUAUAAAUUUUAAAUACAACACAUUUCAAAUCACCGGUUUAGUAUGUUCGUCCAUUAUAGCGCUCUUCAUCAAGGUGCCGAAGAUGUUAUUGCCGUUUGCCUUAGGAGGGCUAGCCAUAUUAUGUGCAGGGUUCCAAAUAGCUCACCAAUUUUUUACCUUCGAGCAGUUUGAUACGUAUUGCCUAAUAGCCUUCAUAAUUAUAGGAAUAAUGGCAGGACUGGCCCAAACCAUUGCAUUUAGCGUUGGGACAACGAUGAAAGAAAAUAUGGGUGGGUACAUGUCAGCAGGAAUUGGUAUUUCAGGAGUGUUCAUAUUUAUAAUAAAUUUGAUACUAGAUCAGAUUGUACCUGAAACGAAGAAGUAUGGCGUAAAUAAAGCCAAAUUGCUGUACCUGUUUAUUAUUUGUGAACUUUGCCUAGUGUUGGCCAUCAUAUUUAGUGUAUGUAACUUGGAGCUAUCCUCCAGUAAAGAAUCCAAAGAGGAAGAAUACAACGACAAGGAACAAGGACUCUCCUACUGGGAACUAAUUAAAGACAGUUACAAAGCUAUUUUAGCCAUGUUUCUGGUAAAUUGGCUUUCUCUACAAUUAUUUCCAGGGGUAGGACACAAGAAAUGGCAACAAAGUCACAACAUCUCAGAUUACAAUGUUACGUUAAUUGUGGGAAUGUUUCAGGUUUUCGAUUUUGUGAGUAGAUACCCUCCAAAUUUGAGUCAUAUGAAAAUUUUCAAAUGCUUCAGCUUUUCCCUUAACAAGUUACUCGUCCUGAACUUCCUUCGUCUUCUCUUUAUUCCUUGGUUUAUUAUGAACGCUGCUUGUGACCUCUCCAUCUUUACCAACAUUGUUCAGCAGUGCAUUUGUAUGGCCAUGCUUGCCUUCACCAAUGGAUGGUUCAAUACAGUCCCCUUUUUGGUCUUCGUCCAGGAGCUUAAAAAGGCCAAGAAGAAGAAAGACAUUGAAACCAUUUCAACCUUCCUCGUUGUUGCUAUGUUUGUUGGUUUGUUUAUGGGAAUCUGGACCACCUACAUUUAUGACUACUUCCCCAUUGUUAUCAAGAGACCCGUUGUACCUUAA